AUGGCCGUCAAACCGAUCACCGGCAUGCUCCGACGACAGGUCGUGCUCGACCUCUCUGUUGCUAUGGGUCUCGGCCUCACUGCCGGCUACGGCUGGUGGUACGAAUUACUUGCCGUGCCCGUACUUACUUUCCAAGGCUACCACGUCCCCGCCGUCCGUCACCGUGACGCCUUCUACCAGAAGCUCGAAGACGAGCGCGCGUCGGCUCUCGGCCAGAAAUAA